UAGGUGGCGGUAAAGCACUAACAGCUAAGUCUACCACAGUAGGCCUACACCAAAGAAGGAGAGACGUGCCCGGAAGACGGGCCAUAACUUGGAAAAAUGGCGUCCGGCAGUGGGAACAAGGCUGACUUUCGGCGCAAAUGGGACAAAGACGAAUACGAAGAGCUCGCGCAGAAACGCCUAACAGAGGAGAGAGAGAAAAAAGAUGGCAAGCCUGCGCCCCCAGUCAAGCGCGAGCUGCUUCGGCACAGAGACUACAAGGUGGACCUGGAGUCGAAGUUGGGAAAGACCAUUGUCAUCACCAAAACUACUCCCCAGUCGGAGAUGGGCGGGUAUUACUGCAAUGUAUGUGAUUGUGUCGUGAAAGAUUCCAUUAACUUCUUGGACCACAUCAAUGGGAAAAAACAUCAGAGAAACUUGGGAAUGUCUAUGAGGGUGGAACGUUCGUCGUUGGACCAGGUUAAGAAGCGCUUUGAAGUCAACAAAAAAAAAAUGGAAGAGAAGCAAAAGGAAUAUGACUUUGAAGAGCGGAUGAAGGAGCUUCGAGAAGAGGAGGAGAAGGCUAAAGCUUACAAGAAGGAGAAGCAGAAGGAGAAGAAGCGGAAGGCAGAGGAGGAUCUCUUUGAAGAGGAUGAUGAGAUGGCUGCAGUGAUGGGAUUCUCAGGAUUUGGCUCUUCUAAGAAGACCCAUUAGAAAUAUAUAUUUUUUUUUUUUUUUUUUUUUACUAAGUGAGUUAGUAAGACCUGUCCUUCUCAACUGCAGUAUUCAGUUGAGGUUCAGCUUGGCAUUUCCCUUUUUAUCAUGGAUCCAACUGUAAAAACUUAUUUUAUUUACUCAUUCUCUACAUCUAAGUACAAAUGAAAGCCUUGGUAUGCACCAGCUGUUUGGAUAAGGCACAGGUAGAGUUGAUGUUUGUGUAACCACCACCAAAACCAAGAGCCGUGUGGUGGUGGUGGUAUGUUUUCGUUGUUAUGAUCUCUUAUUUGUAAUUUAAUGGUGAUUUUAUAUUAAAAAUAACCAAAAAACUGA